CAUGAGAUCUCGCAGUCUUGUCGGUUCUGCUGACAACUAUGACCGAGCACGACCGACACAGUACCCGGGGAAUGACGUGACUCGCCCCGCCCGCCAGACCGUCCCGUACCGACCAUGGUGGUGGUCGCCCCGGACGGCGGCUGGAGCUGGAUGGUGCUGUUCGCCGGGCUGGGCGGCAUGAUCUGCACGGAGGGCAUGUCUGACGCCGUCAGCGUGCUCGUGCCGGCCUGGCUGAACAAGUUCCAGAGCUCCCGGGCAAGCACAGCAUGGAUCGGCUCGCUACUUUGUCUCAGAUUCAUAGCAGGUCCUUUCGCCGGUGUUCUGAUUAAGAAGUUCGGGUGUCGGAAGGUCGGUUUGCUGGGCAGCGUGAUCAUGUCCGCCGGCAUCGCUCUUAGCGCAUUCGGGACCAACGUGCCUUACAUGUACUUCACCUACGGCUUUCUAGGAGGAGCUGGAUGUGGACUUCCUCUGCUAGCUUCGAUCGUCAGUGUCGGUCAGUACUUCGACAAGAAACGCCACAUCGCUUACGGCAUCUCGGUUGCCGGGGUCGGGGUCGGCAUCUCUCUGUUCUCCAUGUUCCAACAGUACCUCCUGGACGAGUACGGCUGGUUCGGGACAGCUCUCAUCAUGGGCGCAGUCUUACUCAACAACUGCGUCUUCUGUGCAAUCUUCCGACCACUUCCUGAUGUUCCAGAGCAAACUGAACACCAAACGAUAACCGAGAAAGCGGUAGAAGAAGCGAUGAACGCGAAACAAGAGAAGGCAAGGUUGAUUGAAACGCAGGCGACAUGGAACGACGGACUCUUGCAUGUGCCAACUAUUGGAGAACAUAGAGAGUUGCGGUCCAGCAAAAGCAAUUUGUUGGCCUUCAAGGCUAUGUCUAAUGCCAUGUUUCUGUCGCAUGAAAGUCUGGUUAGUAACAGGUCGCGUCCGAACUCUCGAGCCUCAUCCAGGUACCAGUCUAGGGGUCCUUCUCGCGUGAAUUCUCUGCAUUCUCUCGCAAGUUCUCGAGUCACUUCUCGCCUAGACAUUAACGCGGUCCACGAACCGGUCCAAGAAGACGCAGUGCAAACGAAGAAGACACUGAUGCAGAAGAUAAGAAAUCUAGGAACUGCCGUCCUCCAGACGCUAGAAUGGGAUCCUUCUCUCCUGACCAGUCCUCUCGUUUUGGUCUUUCUUGUUUCGAACUUGUUGAAGAGUUUUGGAAACUUCGUGCCUCUGGUUGUGUACGCGGACAAGGCUACGACAGAGGGGCUUACAUACGACCAGGCUACCUUCUCUGUGUCCAUGAUGGGGUUUGCCGGUAUCGUGGGGAGGCUGUUUUUCCCGGCGUUGUGCGGCUUCUGUAAGAUGCGUUCCCUGUGGGUUUUCAUGGUGGCUGUGGUGGGGACAGGCGUGCCGCUGCUGAUGUUACUGGUGUGGAGAAGCUUCACGGCGUACUGUUUCUGCGGGGGACUGUUCGGGGCUUGUCUCGGGGGAGCUGCCGCCGUCGUGCCGGCGCUGACAGUGGACCUGUUCGGGGUGGAGGAACUACCCACGCUCUACGGGUUCGAGAUGCUGAUGGAGGGGGCUACAGGUCUCAUCGCGGGACCCAUAGCAGGAGCACUGUAUGAUGUGAGCGGUACAUACGACUGGGGUUUCGGUCUGGCGGGCUUGGCGCUCAUCGUAGGCGGUCUGGUGUUGUUCUUCGUGCCGUGCCUGGAGAGGAAAGCGGACCUGCCUGUUGUCGAACUCGGAGACGUGGACGAAGGCUACACACCUCAACUCGUCACCAUACCUGAGUUUGAACCGGAAGUGGUCGAGGCCCAACUGACGUCCGUGUGA